GCUGCGGUCGGUGCGUGGGGCUCGGCGCGCCGCGGGCCCGGGCGGGGCGGCUCCGUUCUAACCCUUUUUCCCGUACAGAUCCCUCGGUAGAUUUCUUCUAGGAGUCAGAAGUCCUAAGUCCAGUUACUGCUGCAGAUACGCAACACUGUUUGGAAUGUUUACAGCAACAUAAACAAGUUCCUUGGUGUGUGGUUUCAGCACAGCAUGGCUGUGGUCAUCCACUUGCAAGGUGUUCUGAUUGCGGUGGGGACCAUGGACUUCUCUGGACUGACCAUUCCCGAUGGGGGCGUGCAAAUUGUAGGGGGUGAACUGGGGGAAUAAAAUCAGCAGUGUUGAUAUUACAAAAUGACAAAACAUCCUCCGAAUAGAAGAGGGAUCAACUUUGAGGUGGGAGCCCAGUUGGAAGCCCGUGACAGAUUAAAAAACUGGUAUCCAGCACACAUUGAAGAAAUUGAUUAUGAGGAGGGGAAAGUACUUAUCCAUUUCAAACGCUGGAACCAUAGAUACGAUGAAUGGUUUUGUUGGGACAGUCCUUAUUUGCGUCCCUUAGAGAAAAUACAGUUAAGAAAAGAAGGAUUACAUGAGGAAGAAGGCUGUGCAGGAUUUCAUAUCAAUGAUCAGGUAUUGGCAUGCUGGUCUGACUGUCGCUUCUAUCCAGCCAAAGUUACUUCUGUUAACAAAGAUGGUACAUACACUGUGAAAUUUUAUGAUGGUGUAAUUCAGACAGUCAAAAACAUUCAUGUCAAAGCUUUUUCCAAAGAUCAGAAUAUUGUGGGUGAUGCUAAGCCUAAGGAAAGAGGUAAUGAAAUUCCGUCAUCUCCUGAAAACUGGGAGAAAUUUAAAGAGCAGAGGAAAGCAACAGGUAAUGCAAAGAAAGACGAAGAUGAAAAGACAUUAAAGACUGAGAAACGAGUUAAACAACCCGAUAAAGAGGGAAAAUUUAUAGUCAUCUCAGAAAAAGGCAAGAUCUCAGAAAAGAAUAUAUCUAAGAAUGGAAAAGAAGAUAAAGAGAAUAUAUCAGAGAAUGAUAUGGAAUAUUCAGUAGAUACACAAAUUGAGAAGAAGCCUGAGAAUGACAAUGUAAAGAGUCCACCGGAAAAUGCGAAAGAAACUAAGCGAAAGCGUGGCCGACCACCAGUAACACCUCCCACGGAGCCAAGUUCUCAGACACUGCAGCCCAUAACUUUAGAGUUAAGACGUCGGAAAAUACCUAAAGGAUGUGAUGUUCCAUUGAAGCGUCCCAGGAUUGAAAAAAACUUGUCUCAGGAAAAAUUUAAGAACUCUUCAGAUAAUACUGAGAGAGACCAGAUCAGGAGGCGUUCUUCAAGACUCUCAUCCAGUAUUAGCCAUGAGAUUUUAAAUACAGAUCUUGUCACAACUUCCACGGAAAUUCAACCUUGGAAAGAUGCAGUAUCUAACCAAAAUGAAUCUGAGAAGGUCCAGUUAGAAAUUCCUGUUGAAUCUGACCAAAGUUUCAGUGAACAAGGAUCACCUGGAAACACGUCGCAUAGCACAGCACUCAGUACAGAUGCCAGUUUGCAGGAAGAAAAAGCUGAAGACAUUGGGUCUUCCUCUGUCACUGUCAGAACUCAAGAACCUUCUGCUGCUACAGUAACAAAACCUUGUAGGAGAACAGAUUUUCUUGCAUCAAAAAAGGUUGCAACUGUUGACCAAGAUCACAAGUUUAGAUGCAAGUUCUUGGACUGUUCAAAAUCCUUCCGCAAAGCCAAGUUAUUGCAUUAUCACAUGAAAUACUUUCAUGGAGUGGAGAAGGCUGCAGAAUCACAGCAGAACCCUGUAAAAAGAAAUAUUCGAACCAGAGCUUCUCUGGCUUCUGAAAAAGCUAAUCAAGAAAGGUCAAAAAGAGGACGGACCGCAGCUGGUUCACUGUAUGCUCCUCUACACAUAGCCCUCAGGAGUACCCCAUGUAGAGAUGAAAAAGUAGAAAAGAGAAGAACUUCAACUCCUGUAAGUGCAUUAAAUAGUCACCGACAUUCUAUUAGAGACCAAACCAGGAACCACAUAGCAAGAGCACUGCGGAGGCCUCGGGAAAGAGAAAGAGUUCAACAUGCUGUUAAAGGACAUGAGAAGAACAAAGAAAGAAAAUCCAAAGACUAUGGAAGAUCCAAGUCAAAGAAAAAGAAAAAAAAGAAAAAGAGGUCUAAGCCUGGGUGUUCUGGCACUGGGGAGAACACAGAUGUCUCACAAGAGCUUUCACUUGAAAAACCAGUUGUCACAAAAUCUAUUUCUUCAAAUAAAUCAUCUGCCCACCCAAGCACACUGCUGCACUGCGCUGAUUCCGGACAGCACAAGGGAAAAUCAAAAGUAAAUGGAUUUUAUAUAAAUCCUUCUUGUACAGAGGAUGACACCCUGAGUGAGUCAUCUAUGGAUAGCUUGCUUUGGAGUGAUGAUGACUGCAGUCAGGAUGUUGAUGUAACCACCAACCCUGAUGAAGAAGUUGAAGAAAGUGAUUUUGAGAUUGUUCGGUGUGUUUGUGAAGUAAAAGAAGAAAAUGACUUCAUGAUUCAGUGUGAAGAGUGUCUGUGCUGGCAGCAUGGAGUCUGUAUGGGCUUACUGGAAGAUAAUAUACCUGAGAAAUACACCUGCUAUAUUUGCCAAGAUCCUCCAGGUCAGAGGUCCAGCUUAAAGUACUGGUAUGAAAAGGAGUGGUUAAGUAAUGGUCACAUGCAUGGCUUAGCAUUUUUGGAAGAAAAUUAUUCCCACCAAAAUGCCAAGAAGAUAGUGGCCACCCACCAGCUGCUUGGUGAUGUACAGCGAGUGAUCGAAGUCCUGCACGGGCUGCAGCUGAAGAUGAGCAUAUUACAAAAUAAAGAACACCCUGACUUAAAGCUUUGGUGUCAUCCAUGGAAGCACAUCACGGUGGAUGAAAAAAUCCAUACAAAACACAUCAUUCACUUUGAGGAAAACUGUUGCAAAGAGGAGACAGCAAGUUACAGAACGUGGAAUGGGACAGUUGAGAAACCCUCAACAAUUCCUUCUGUGGAGGAAUCUUACAUUACGAGUGAACACUGCUACCAGAAGCCUCGGGCCUACUACCCUGCCAUAGAGCAGAGGCUGGUUGUGGAAACGAGAGGUUCAGCCAUGGAUGAUGGAGUAAAUAGAAUAAGGGAGAAUGGGGAUGAUACCCUGUCAGAGAGGUUUAGCUGGAAUCUGGACCAAGAAAUAUGCAAGAUGGAAAAUGAAUCCAAACACAAUUACUCUAAGGUGAGAGAAUCUGUCUCUAAGAAAGUCUCUCCAGAAGAAGCUAUUGAAAUGAAAUUGCUGGAAAAAGACAAAGAAGGAGUUGUGAACUCGCAGCUGCAGUGGCAGCUCAAUCUUUUAGCUCAUGUGGAAUCUCUGCAAGAUGAAGUUAUACACAGAAUGGAUUUCAUUGAGAAGGAGCUAGAUGUUCUGGAGAGUUGGCUGGAUUACACAGGAGAGCUGGAACCCCCAGAACCACUGGCUCGACUCCCCCAGCUCAAACAUUGUAUAAAGCAGCUGAUAACGGACCUGGGCAAAGUGCAGCAGAUCGCGCUGUGCUGCUCCACGUGAGGCUGGAGAGCACUGCGCUGUCACUGCGCGCGAAGCUGGAGUGGCUGAUGGAGCAGCUCUGAAUCUGUAAAUUAAACUAGCAUGCUGAGUGCAUGGGAUGCAGAUUGACUUCAGGGACUUGUGAAGAAGUGUUGUUCAAAGAACAGCAAAAAGGUUAUUUUGGGUCUGUUAGACAAUUAUAAUGCUGUGGAAAAGGUCAUAUUCUUGUCUCCAGGAAUUGCCUGUUGGUUGAUAAGUUACACUCAAAUUUUCACUCCUUACAAGUUGCUCAUCAAAAUGGUAGACUUUUUCAUUAUUAAAUUGACUAAAAAUUGUGCCACUGAAGAACAGAGUUCUAAGAGCCAAAAAAGUUUGGUUGACAGGGGUUGUAAAUAACUUUGCAUAGUUUAAGUGACUCAUGUCAUGUUUUAUUCCUUCUGGUUUAUGCAUACUAGCACUCAGUAUUUAAUCAUUAGGAGAUGUUAUAACAGUUUCAGACUUAGUAAGUAUGAAUGUCCAGCUCUUGACUAUAAAGUGUUAAGUGGAGGUUUGUAAGUAACAGUGGCCUGACCCGCACUUCUGUUACAGUAAAUAAUGUAGCAGGAGGUCACAGGUGGAUUGCACUUAUUUUCAGAAUAAAUGAUUGUUUUCCAUAUUUAUCCUGUCACUGUCACAUGACUCGGUACUGGGGAAGCCCGUGAACAUGGUGUUUAUGUGCAUUCUCGAGCUCUUAAAUCCAGCCAUCCUGUGCCUCCUGCAGCAGUUGCUGGUGGGAUACCCUCAUUGCAGUAGUAUGGAAUGCCACCGGGAAAGGACUGGAGCCACGCUCUGAGUUCAGACUGCAGCAUGGUCUGUCAUGGAUGUGAUGUAUUUUUACCCAUUUGUUAAUAAUUGCCAUUCCGGUUAUAUUUGGAAAUGUAGACUUUUUUCAAUACUCUGGAUGUGUUCAUUGUAAAGACUUGCUAUGAAUGUGUGGUUUUGGGAAUCAGUUUAUUUUGUGUAAAUAAAGCCUCAAGAUCUAUGCAUGAGGUGCUGUCCUUGCAGACAGCGAGUGGGUUAUUAUCUUAAAUGGUCUGUGUUGACAAAGUCCGUUUUUAUACCUUAAGUUUUAAUUUUCAGUUUGUAUUUACUUUGCGAUAGGAAGGUGACAAGGCUGCUGAUGUUCAGUCACAUUAUACAGAACCUUUGGAACAUUGUGAGUAUUUGAGAGGUUCAGAGUCUUUCGGCUGCAGAUCACCACUCCUGAAAUAAUGGCUGCGACUUCAGUUUUCCUUCAGAGCUGUUGCUGAGUUCAGUUCCCUAUGGAAUAUAGUGAGCUGGUUUUGCAGUGAGAGGGUGUCCUUAAAAAGCUGGAUUCGUUACCUUAAUUUUAUUGUGUGCAAUGGUACUACCAAAGGAUAACAUUCAAGCAGAGUUGUAAUGGAAAGGCCCAUACCUGUACAAAUUAUUUAUUUGGAAUAUAGAUCUAUAAUGUGUUUAUUCUGCAAAGAAUAAUGUAAACCUGAAAUAUCCAAUAUUAUUGUAGGAGUUACAGUCUCUACAAAGUGAAUAUUUUAUUUCCUUCAGAAAACAAAAUAAUUAGGCUGCUCUAGGCAGUAACUAAGACUCUUAUGCCAAGAUUCAGUUCAGGGAAUAAUUUGUCUCAUGGUUUUGUAGUACUAAGUUGGUAUAUAGUGAAUACAAUGUACGUACAGCAGACGAACUUACUUUUCUGUGACACAAUUGGAAUAAAGCUUGCGUGGUAUUUUAAGGAUCACUUGGCUCUCUGAAGAUGAGACCAAUGCUUACACCUUGUCUCAUCCCUGUCAGGCACCUGAGUUUGUGUAGUUCUAGAGGAGGUGGUGGUGACCAGACAACCAGAAUAGCAUCAGAGCAGCCUCCCAGGCAACUGGUGAUUUUCAGGUGAAAUGGAGCAGGAAAAGUGUUCCCUAGUGGAAAGGUGUUCCCUGGCUACCAUCUCUAAAGCAGGACACGGCUGUGUGGGAACAGCUUAGUUGUGCUCCCAGUCUGAGGGCGUUCAAGCACUCAGUCCCUGGGCAGGCUUCUUGCUCCAAAGGGGGAUUUCUUCUCAAGCAAUGGCUUCUGUGUGCUCAUUGUGUGUUUUUACUUGUCAGUUUAUUUUUUGCUCAGGGCAGUACUGGAGGUUUGGAGGAAAAGGCAGUUCCCAUGGGUAGAUCGAGUGGCAGAUCCUGGAGGCUUGCUUCCCUUCAGUAGUGCUGGGGAAGCCCUUGCAGAUAAAGACUGAAAAUAUUUAUUUAAAAUAGAGUAGUACUUCUCAUGUUCAGGGAAGAUUCUUCAUUGUGCUCUGCCUGGAUUCAUUUCUGUCCCUGUGCUUGCAAGUUUCCUCAUUGUUAUUUUUAGUCUGGACCAACUGUUCAGGCUGGCAGGUCACUUUUUUGUUUCUUUAAAUCACUGGUAAGUGAAUGCAACGUGGAGCCUUGAUGAACUGAGCAAACAUUGCACUGUGGGUACACACGUGUUUGUCUUUGUUGAUGCACUAUUAGAACCAAGGGGCUGUACAUAGAAUUUUGUUUUGGAGCAAUAUUUGCAAAACUUGAAAACUUCUGUAUCUUGGUGUUUGGAAUAAAUAAAAAAUAGGUUUUUGUUGGUUAA